AUUCCUUUCAGUCAGCCAAGGCGGCUGUGAAUAAAAAACUCCUCACCGUAUUAUCAUACAAUAAGUAUAAUACUAUAUAUAUAUAUAUAUAUAUAUAUAUAUAUAUAUAUGGAUGGAAGCCAAACGCAAAAUAAGCUUGGAAAGCAUAUAUCUGUGAUCUGAACUCGUAUUGGGCUUUGAGAAGAUGAGAAGAACAGAUCAAGCCAACAUGAAGCUUACCCACACAUCUCCCCUCCACCGCGGUUCUAAGGUUUUGGAAGAACAGGAUCACAAAGUUAAGGGUGAUAGUUCUACAGGGAAAGCAGCUGUGGCAUCGAUAUCUCGUGCUGCCGAUCAGAAAGAACCGCUGCCGUCCGUGGCGAGGAGGCUCGAGCGCAAGCCCACCGAAGACAUAAACGAGAGCGCCGACGCUUUUAUUAAGAGGUUCAGGCAGCAGCUGUUGCUCCAGCGCCUCGAGUCGAUCGAGAAUUACGAGAAAAUGCUAGCAAGAGGGCUGUAGCUAUUUAGCUUAUGCCUAUAGCCCCUUCUUGAUGUUCAUGUGAUGCAACUGCUUUGAUUUUCUGUUCUACAUUUAGAAUUGUUUCAUUUAAUGGUAUUGAGAUCCAAUGCUUAAUAAGAAUUGGGAAACCUAUGGCACUGAUCAUGCUGAAAAUUUGUUCAA